CAUCGUAGACUCUCUCCAAACGCUACAAUCAUCUUUUUAAAAAAUCAGAUCUCGCUAGCAUAUGUCUCACAGGCCUUUAGUUCCUCACUCUUCUUCUAUAGCCUUAGGCCUCCACUCUCAUCUCCUGGUCUCCAGUGAGAUGAACCCCAACUCCUACUGGUCUUAAAUCUCUCUCCUAUUCUUUUUAACCCACCAUUUUUUUCCUCAAUCGAAAGAAUAGCUUAAAAGCCACAUUUUUUUUGAAUUCUUUUUGACAAAAUCUGAAAUGGGUUUGAAAGGCUUUGUUGAGGGAGGUAUUGCUUCGAUCGUUGCUGGUUGUUCAACUCACCCUCUUGAUUUGAUCAAGGUUCGCAUGCAGCUACAGGGCGAGAACAAUCUACAGGGCGAGAACAAUGUCCCAAACCCUAACCACCACAUUCACUCUCUUCGCCCUGCUUUUGCUUUCAACUCCACCGCCGUCUCCGCCCCUAGCAACCUCCACAUUCCGGUACCGCCGCCGCCGCCGCCGCCGAAGGCGGGUCUCAUCUCGGUUGGGGUGAAGAUCUUCCAGACAGAAGGCGUCGCCGCCUUGUACUCCGGCGUCUCCGCCACCAUCCUCCGCCAGACUCUCUAUUCCACAACACGAAUGGGUCUUUACGAAGUCUUCAAGCAGAAAUGGACCGACCCCAACUCCGGAACCCUUCCUAUUGGGCGCAAGAUAGCAGCCGGGUUGUUAGCCGGUGGAAUCGGCGCGGCUGUUGGGAACCCAGCCGACGUGGCUAUGGUACGCAUGCAAGCCGACGGUCGGCUUCCGGCUUCCGAGCGGCGCAACUACAAAAGCGUAGUCGACGCAAUAACUCGAAUGGCGAGACAGGAGGGCGUUACCAGCCUGUGGCGCGGGUCUUCCCUUACGGUGAACCGCGCCAUGAUCGUGACCGCAUCACAGCUCGCAUCAUACGAUCAGGUCAAAGAAACAAUCCUAGAAAAGGGUCUGAUGAAGGAUGGGCUUGGGACUCAUGUCACGGCAAGCUUCGCUGCAGGGUUCGUGGCUGCUGUGGCAUCGAACCCUGUGGAUGUGAUCAAGACCAGGGUGAUGAACAUGAAGGUGGAGCCCGGAUCGGCUCCACCUUACAAUGGAGCACUUGAUUGUGCCCUAAAAACAAUUAGGGCUGAAGGACCCAUGUCCCUCUACAAGGGCUUUAUUCCUACAAUAUCAAGGCAAGGGCCUUUCACUGUGGUGCUGUUUGUGACACUUGAACAGGUCCGCAAGCUUUUCAAGGAUUUUUAAGUUUGUGGCCGUUGAUGGUGAUCAUGAUGAUAAUGACGAUAAACUAGUAUAUUGAGAUUAAUUAUAAAGAUCUAUUGUGUUUUAUGUUACUCAUCUUCAAAGAAAUUUCUAAUGAGAUUUUAUUUUAUUUUAUUUUA